GAUCCAAUACCACGGUAUUCGAUAUAUGAGUCGGUCCGCCCACUCUUUGCUAUCAGGUUUUAUAGCUUAUGAUGUGUAGAGACUUUGUGCUUCCAGGUUUGUGUCAUAGGUGAGAACAAUAAGUUUUUGACAAAAUGGCGUCACUUGUGACCAGUCUUCAACAUCACACUGAUGAGGUGACGUGCUGCACCUUCUCCUCCUCCCUGCUGGCCACAGGCUCAGGAGACAAGAACCUCCGACUGUACAACACCUCAGACUUCUCCGAACUUCCUUGCUCCCCACUCUCGGCUCACGGAUACGGGGUUCGCAGCUGCUGCUUCACUUCCUGUGGGGAUUACCUCCUCAGCUGCUGCGCUGAUGGCUCCAUUCUUGUGUGGAGCUGCAAGUCCGGGGAGGUGGACUCAGAGCUACAACACCCGAACCGAAGUCCCCUCCGAGUGGUCGCUCUGGCCCCCGACUCCUCCCUCAUGAUGGCAGGGGCCAGUGAUGGAAGUGUGGCUCUUUGGGACUUUAACUCCAGAACAUUACUAAGAUGCACCCCAGUGAGCGAGGCCAGUGUGGUGGCCUGUUGCUUCUCUCCAUGCGGCCACAAGGUGGCGACAGGUUGCUCCCUGGGAGACCUCCAAAUUUGGGACGUGGACAACAGCCUGCUGCAUGCUGAGAAGAACGCUCACGACUUAGGGGUCACCUGCUGCACCUUUGCACCUCAGUUUGAAAUUGAGGACAGCCAUGUUCAGGUCCGCCUCGCCUCUUGUGGACAGGACAGCCAGCUGAAGAUAUGGAUGGUCUCUCACCAUGAAGGACACGCAUGUGUUGUGAAGCUCCUUCACACACUCACCAGUCAGUGUGCUCCAGUUCUGUGCUGUGCCUUCUCCUCUGAUGGAGAGCUUGUUGUUGCAGGCUCGGUGGAUAAAAGUGUUGCAAUAUAUGACACGGGUAGAGGGACACUUCUUCACACUUUAAAGCAACACGACAGGUAUGUGACGGCCGUGGCCUUUUCUCCCACUAUGCCCUGGAUGGCCACUGGCUCCAUGGAUAAAACCGUGAACGUGUGGAAGAUAGGAGAUGGACACCUCACAGCCGGAGCUGAGGCAGUGCAGACGAUGCACCAAGGAAGGAAGCAGCAAGCGUCUUUCUCCAGGCUUCUGCUCCCUGAUUGGUCGGAGGAGGAUGUCCAGGCUUGGCUACGUGAAGAAGGUCUGGAUGAGCUUCUCACCAUCUUCCGAGCCAACAACAUGGACGGGGCAGAGCUGAGCCAACUGAGCAAGGAGACGGCCAUGGAGAUGGGAAUCGAGUCUGUAGGCCUCCGUGCUCGUCUCCUGAGGAGCAUCCAGGCCCUGAAGAUGGAGCUCAGCGCUUCUGACUGCCCCGAUGAGUUUGCGUGUCCCAUCACCAGGGAGCUGAUGAAGGAUCCCGUCAUCGCCGCAGAUGGCUUUUCCUAUGAACGGGAGUCCAUCGAGAGCUGGAUCAGAGGAAAGAACAGAAGCAGUCCGAUGACAAACCUUCCCCUGCAGACCACGCUGCUCACGCCAAAUAGAGCGCUGAAGAUGGCCAUCAGUCGAUGGAGGUGUGGCCACCCGUGACGCCUCAGCAUGAGUAUCUAUGUUGGGACGUGCACCUCCUCUGUGGCUGAUUAGUUGCGGAGAAUCGCACCUAGGUCUUUCCGAUAUCAUGACUGUCUCGCCUACAUGCUAACCACUUGUCCACGGUGCGGCCUAUUACUUUCAUAUUUUUGUAAAUUUGUAAAAUUGCAAAAAUUAUGGUAUCUUGUGUGAUCAAAACAAUAUUUCUCAUUUCGAUGUGACACUGUAAAUCUUGCAAUCCUACCUACCUUGGUGUUGUGCAAUCAUACAUUUGAUCAAACAUACGUCAUAUUUGUCAGAUUUAAAUACAAUAACAGCACAUGACUUCUAUCAAGAUGUGAUAUGAGCAUCUAAUUUCAAAAAAAUCACCCCUUCUGUUACCUUACGCUAAGCAUUGUGGGAACUGUAGUUAUUUUAUUGUAAACAAAAAAUGACAGUAUGCUACAAUCUGCUAUUUAUCUAACAUAACAGCAGCUAGAACUGGCAUCAUUAAAAGUAAUAUAUAUGAAAAUAUAAUAUUCUGUCCUUUUUAUGAACCCAAUAUUGUGUAGUAUUGUGACGUGAUACCUCUACUAAAAAAAAUAUACAUUUUUCUCUGUAUUUUUUCGGUUAAUUUAUUUCUAUCAAGUACCUUGGGCCACAAUAAAACAAGCUUCAACUGUU